AGCUAAGCGAACUGAACUAGUUUGUCUCCGAGACCGUACGGCAAUGAUAAGCUUAUCGAUCAAGACACUUUAUAGCGCUUUGCAACGUCGCCUCGCAACUGUGCCUGUUCUGGGUUAUCAAACAGACUAACAUCAUGGCCCUCACGAUGAACAUGCGCGCCAAUGCGCGCGUUGUGUCUGGGCGCCGCGUGGCCGCUGUGGCUCCUCGUGUCGUGCCCUUCUCGUCGGUUGCCCGCCCUGUCCUGCGCACCACCUUCGCCCCUGAAAUCUCCGUUGAGGUUCGUCGUCUGGGCCGCAGCCGUGUAGUCGUCGAGGCGGUCAAGAAGUCUGUUGGUGACCUGAGCAAGGCUGAUCUGGAGGGCAAGCGCGUCUUUGUCCGCGCCGACCUGAACGUGCCCCUUGACAAGGCGACCCUGGCCAUCACUGAUGACACCCGCAUCCGCGCUGCCGUCCCCACCCUGAAGUACCUGCUCGACAACGGUGCCAAGGUCCUCCUGACCUCCCACCUGGGUCGUCCCAAGGGCGGCCCCGAGGACAAGUACCGCCUGACCCCCGUGGUGGCCCGCCUCAGCGAGCUGCUGGGCAAGCCGGUUAAGAAGGUUGACGACUGCAUCGGCCCCGUGGUGGAGUCGGCGGUGAAGGAGCUGAAGAACGGCGAGCUGCUGCUGCUUGAGAACGUGCGGUUCUACAAGGAGGAGGAGAAGAACGAGCCGGAGUUCGCCAAGAAGCUGGCCGCCAACGCCGACCUGUACGUCAACGACGCGUUCGGCACCGCCCACCGCGCGCAUGCCUCCACCGAGGGCGUCACCAAGUUCCUGCGGCCCUCCGUGGCCGGCUUCCUGCUGCAGAAGGAGCUGGACUACCUUGAUGGCGCCGUGUCCGCCCCCAAGCGCCCCUUCGUGGCCAUCGUGGGCGGUUCCAAGGUGAGCUCCAAGAUCACCGUCAUUGAGAAGCUGAUGGAGAAGUGCGACAAGAUCAUCAUCGGUGGCGGCAUGAUCUUCACCUUCUACAAGGCUCGCGGCCUGCCAGUGGGCUCCAGCCUGGUGGAGGAGGACAAGUUGGAGCUGGCUAAGAAGCUGGAGGAGGUGGCCAAGGCCAAGGGCGUGCAGCUGCUGCUGCCCACCGAUGUGGUGCUGGCGGACAAGUUCGACGCCAACGCCAACACGCAGGUGGCGCCCGUCACCGCCAUCCCCGACGGCUGGAUGGGGCUGGACAUCGGCCCCGACUCCAUCAAGGCGUUCCAGGCGGCGCUGCAGGACGCCCAGACGGUGGUGUGGAACGGCCCCAUGGGCGUGUUCGAGUUCCCCAAGUUCGCCACCGGCACUGUGGCCAUCGCCAACACGCUGGCCGGGCUGGGCCCCAAGGGCGCCAUUACCAUCAUCGGUGGCGGCGAUUCCGUGGCGGCUGUGGAGCAGGCGGGUGUGGCGGACAAGAUGAGCCACAUCAGCACGGGCGGUGGCGCCUCCCUGGAGCUGCUGGAGGGCAAGGUGCUGCCGGGUGUGGCGGCGCUGGAUGAGAAGUAAGGGGUUUGGAUUGGGUUGGGUUGCAUUUGAAAGUGGAGGAGUUGGUGAAGGAUGUGAGAAGGCGUGUCACUGCUGUUGAUGGCUUGGGUUGAGACGUGGGUUGUGGGGCUGCGGCGGCGUUGUGGCGGGGCAUGUGGCUUUUUGUAUCAACAGAAGAGUGCCGAAGAAGGAGAAGAAGAGAAGAUAUGAGAAUGUUGCUUUUGCGCAUGUACAGAAGUGGAGGAGGCGGGGCUGUGUGGUGUCUUGUAGCACGAAGAAUGGGGUGCUCCCGCAACGCGCAGUGUGUUUGGGAGUUGUUGCUUGAUGCCGCCGAGGUGCCCACAGGCUGCCGAGAGCAAAAGAGGAGGGAAGGCUAAUAAAGCGGAGGGGAAGGGUUUACGAGUCGCCUUUGGACGCCUCUGUGUGGGUGUUGGCGGCUGGGAUGCCCGCUCUUCGCAACGAUCCCUGUUGUCGCAUUCCCAUUUCCGCAGGGAAGGAAGCCACGACCCAAAAACGUUGCGUUACAUGUUUCAGCUGUUGCAGCAUGCAUGUGAGUGCAUAUUGUGCAUCUGCAACGGGGUGGCGGGUGGCAUGCGGUGAACUGGGUCGUUAUAUAAGUUUUGCCGUUGCUUCCUUUUGUUAUUGAAGCGGCUUGGGGGCCAGUCUAGGCUGCAGUAAACGUCUCCCUUCCCUUCCCUGCGGUUGCGUGGCGUUGCUCCUGUGUAUAUUUUGUCUUGUAAGCGUUGUGUGAUGCGGAAAGCAUGGUAUACCCCCAGCGUUACGCAAUCUUGUAAACAAAAGCAUCG